AGAGAAGAAGAUUUCCCGCAGCAGCGCCCUGAAGGUGCUGGACCACGCCAUGAUCGGCCCCGAGGGCACCGACAACUGCCACAAGUUCGUGGACAUCCUGGGGCUCAGGACCAUCUUCCCGCUCUUCAUGAAGUCGCCCAAAAAGAUCAAGAAAGUGGGGACCACGGAGAAGGAGCACGAAGAGCACGUCUGCUCCAUCCUGGCCUCCCUUCUGCGAAACCUGCGAGGGCAGCAGAGGACGCGGCUGCUGAACAAGUUCACGGAGAACGACAGCGAGAAGGUUGAUAGGCUGAUGGAGCUGUAUUUUAAGUACCUGGAUGCAAUGCAGGCAGCUGAUAAGAAGAUUGACGGGGAGAAACAC